AUGGGGUCGGACGACCCACCGAGGGCAUGGGCCCCCGGAGCACCGGAUCGUGACGACAACGCGAGCGUCGCGAGCCAAGUCGGGAUCCGCACUGCAGGGGCGCACGCUCCUGUAGGCAUGCACGUGGCACACGACGCCAAGGAGACCUUCGGCGCGGGUCACGACCCCCGCCACGAGCCACGAGGCCACGGCACGCAGUGGUACUACGACGCGCGGUGGCACUUCACGCCACCGUCGAGCGACAAGGCGUACGGUGCACCCGGCAAGGGUACCCUCGAGGGGGAGCGGUCGCGACUGCAGAGCCGAGCGCUCCUGACGCCAGCUGCCCUGGACGGCGGUGUCCAGGCGGGCGCCGCGCCCGGGGUGCGUGCCCUCCGCACGUGCAAGCCCCCGGCGUUGCACGACACGCACAAGCACGUCGCACGGCGCGGCGCGGUGACCCCGCCGCAGCGGGCUGUGGGAAAGGGGGCAGACACGGAAGGCGAUCUUCCCUCAGACAAGGGAGAUCGCUACGUCGCCCUGGACGGCACGUCCCUCAGGCCCGAGAGGCGGGCGGACCGCGCCGAGCUCGCGGAGAUGCGAGCGGAGCUCGAGCACGUCCGCGCGCAGGUCCGGACCCUGCGGGACAAGGCACGAGCACGAGACCUCGAGAAGGAGGCAGGCCACCUCUUCGACACGAUAGAGAGAGACACCGAGCACCCCGAGCUCUCCGAGAGUACCACCAACCAUCACUUCAGUCGUUUCCCAUAA